UCUCAUUUGUUGUCUCCACAAAGAGGGCGUUUCGGGAAUGAAGUAAUCUCAAAGAGGGUAUGCAAUAUGGAUAAUUGAUACUAUAGGUUUUGUCGGAGCAUUAUUUUUAAUUAGAUAUCUUCUUGAACAUUUCAGCAUGGCCAUUUGAUGGUCGUUCUAUUCAAAUAACCGAAUCCAACGAGUGGUUAAGGCGGAUCGUUGUCGGGAGGAAAUGACAGAGGGGGACUGAAACAGGAAGGAAUGGCAGCUAACCUUGCUAAGGAGUGUGCGGUACGGGUAGACGUUUCACAAUGUAACGUUAAGUGUAUCAAACAAUUAAAUUAGUAGGUGGCUACAUUGUAGCCAAGUUGUUUGAGCGCGUGUAGUGCAACGGUUAGGACGUUUACAUUAUAUCAGCAUCCAGAGUGUAGAUUUGCUGCAACGUCACUGCAAAGCAAGCGUUCCCCUUUUUUUGUGUGGCUAUUCGUGGAAAAUGAUGGUGGCUGUGGCUCUAGAAACACUGCUACUGCAACACUGCUCGAGUAAGGUACACUGCUGCACUGAACAAAACAGAACCAACGAGUUCAUAUUAGGCCUACCUUUGUAUUCACACGGGCUCAUCCUGCGUUUACAUAAGGUACUGAUCGGUCAGGUCAACUGCAAUCAUGGAUCAUCAUCAACUUCAUCAUCACACACAAGGAAGCAUGUCACCAUCAUAUGUGCCAAGGAAGAGGAAGGCUUCACAACCAAAACAAAAAAGUGGUGUUCCACUACCAGCUAUCCAGAAGAUGCCAGAUAUGAGUGUGAUGAGCAUGAUUGGUGUUCCACCUAAGAAUGAUGACCCCCAUGCCCAGGCGACCCAAAAGAUGAAAAGAUCAUAUGGCAGAAAAAGGUCAAUGGGCCCACUGUAUGAGGAUCUGCAGAAUGUCUCUCUGGGUUCUGGUGUGGAGGAUUCAACCAGCGAGACAUCCUGCUGCUCCGUGGUGUCUUCCAGCCUGGCUGUAGCCAACGGUGAGCUGCCUCCUCCUCCACCACUCUCUGCCAGACUGCCUCACAAGCUGGUGGCUAAAGACUGCUGGCCUAACCAGGCCCCAGACACAAGCAGGGCCCAGGGCCGGGGUCAGGAACCACACCUGCCCUCCGAUUUUGCGAUUAAGAAAAUGCGGAGAGUGGAGGUGGACAACAACAGCACACCUUCUGCUACAAAUUUCCCUCAAGAAGUGAGACAGUCAGUUCCAGUUCCUGUUGGAGGUGGGCAUGUUCAUAGCCAUGUCCAUAGCGGUCACUCAGUGGGAGGUGGGCAUAGCAAUAUCUACAGCAGUCUCUCGGUUGGAGGUGGACAUGCCCAUAACCAUGUCGACAGCGGUCACUUGGUAGGAGGUGGACAUGCCCAUAACCAUGUCGACAGCAGUCACUUGGUAGGAGGUGGACAUGCCCAUAACCAUGUCGACAGCAGUCACUUGGUAGGAGGUGGACAUGUCCAUAGCCAUGUCGACAGUGGUCACUUGGUAGGAGGUGGACAUGUCCAUAGCCAUGUCGACAGCGGUCACUUGGUAGGAGGUGGACAUGCCCAUAGCCAUUUUGACAGCGGUCACUCGGUUGGAGGUCGGCAUGUCCAUAGCCAUUUUGACAGCAGUCACUUGGUAGGAGGUGGACAUGCCCAUAGCCAUGUCCAAAGUGGUCACUUGCUUGGAGGUGGGCAUCUCCAGAGCAGUUACCCUAUUGGAGGUGAACUUGUCCAGAGCAGUUACUCUGUUGUAGGUGGACAUGUUCAUAGAAGUCACACUAUUGGAGGUGUGACUAUCCAGAGCAGUCACAGUCACCCAGCAGAGCCUACCGAGGAAGAGAAAUCUAAAGUCUUCACCUUCACAACCAAGAAGGAACCCCCAGUCUACCCCCCAGGAAGUCAAGAAGAGAGGUGGCAGCUGAUGAUCCUGGGCAAAGGCCGAGUCACGUGCCCCAAGUGUAAAAGUGUGAGCAGGAAGACCGUGGAUGGCCUGAAAAAACAUAUGGAGAGCUGCCGAUUGAAUCCCUUCACGUGUCAGCAAUGCGGGAAACAACUGAAGUCUUCCACGGGAAUGAAGUACCACAUCAUGGCAGACCACAAUAACCUGCCCUCACCAGAUGACAUAAAUGGCCUGGAUGACCAGUCCAUGAAGGAAAAAUUGAGGAAGGUGCUGAAAAGGAUGGGAAAAUUAAAAUGCUCGAAAGAGGGCUGCACUGGUAGUUUCACCAGCAUCAUGGGUUACCUGUACCACACGAAGAAAUGUGGGAAAGAGGAGUCUGAGCUGGAGAAGCUGCUUCUCAACUGCCAACACUGUGGCAAGGUCUACAAGUCCAAGGCAGGCCUGGAGUACCACCUCAAGUCGGAGCACGCACCAGUGCCUGAGAAUGCAGAGGAGGAGGUGGAGGUGAAGGCUCAGAGAGAGCCCAACCCUGAGAGGACACCCAGCGGCCGGGUCAAACGCAUGUCAGCCCAGGUGGCCUUUUUCCACCUACAGGAGAUUGCUAAUGACGAGCUGGCCAAGGAGUGGCCCAAGAGGAAGGUCAUCGGAGACCUUGUCCCAGACGAUAAGAAGCUGAGAUAUGCCCGGCCAGGGCUGCCUGCCUUCAGUCAGGAGGUCCUUCGGAAGUGGAAAAACGAAGUGAAGCUGCAAAAAAAAGUUCAGUGCCCAAACCUGGGCUGCGGCUCAGUCUACACCAGUGUGUCUGGACUGAAGGCUCACCUUGGGCUCUGUGGAAGGGGGGACUUUGAAGCAGGGAAAUACAAAUGCCUAAUCUGUAAGAAAGAGUUCAACUCAGAGAGUGGGGUGAAGUACCACAUCAAUUCUGUCCACUCCCAGGACUGGUUUGUGGUGACCUCAAAAUCCAAGAACUUUGAUAAGGUCCUGAAGACCAAGCCCAAGGUGCACAGCACUGUGAAUGACCCCACUGACCAGCUCCAGCAGCAGACCCUCCAUGUCUUCACCCCCAUCCUAGAGCCCUGGCAGGACAUGCAGAUGGGACCCCCACCAGCGGUGCCUGAGUCAGCCUUGCAGGUCAACCCUGAGGCAGCAGAGGGGAAGAGGAGGGGGAAGGGGAGAGGGAAGGAGAAGGACUGCUAUGACUUCACUGGCAGUGAUCAUUCCAGCAGUGGCAGCAGUGGCAGCUCCAGCAGCGGAUCAGAGACAGAGGAGCCUGAGGGCCAGAGACACAAUGUUGACCAAUGGGCACUGCAGAGACCCAGUAUCAUCGAGACCCACCCUGAAGCCGCCAAGCGACCCAGAAGCAACCUCUAGUUGGGUUUGAUCACCUGACUUCAGAUCAGGGGUCUGUUCAGGAGGGUGCAACGUUACAGAACGUUCAAAUAGAAAUGCAUUCUGCAUUGGUCCUGGGAUGUGUAGUCUGUGUUUCAACUGUAACUAUGAGAUCAUCUUAGACAACUUUUAAUGUGUCUUAUUUUAAUAAGAUUUAUAACUUUUUUGUUUUCUGACAUGUUUACUUAGACUUUUUUUUACCCCCUAUUAUCGGUAGACUUGUGUUCCUCUACAGAUUGUGCCUAGUGUAUGGAUGUAUUAUUUCAUACAACUCCUCAUUAUAACUGAACUGUUAUCAGACCUCUUUUUACAAUGGAUAUUUAACCAUAGCAUGUGGUGUUAAUGUAGCCUGCAUUUUAUAUCAUGGAUUGUGAAAUGUUACCGCAGGAUGAAUUUGAUAUACGGUGGUUGUCGGUUAUAGUUGUCCGUGAUGUGUUAGCGCUGCAUUGUUUGUGGAUGUACGGGCCAGAUGGAAAUAGGUGCAUUUGUCAUUUUAUUUACUCUCUUUGUGCCCCUCUGCUGUAAGAUUGUAUUUAGUUUAUUCUUCUCCUGUUGAGAUUUGUCAGUGCGCUUCUGUUUAAGGUUUUGAAUAGAUUAAUCUGUUUUACUUAGUUUUGAAUAAUGAAGCUGCCCUUAAUUUUUUUAACGAUCCCUAACACAUUGAUUGUUAACAAUUGGGUUUCCCUAUUUGAUGGCUUUGAAAAUGUUACAAAGACAACCAAUGUCUUUCAGAUCAAAGAUUCUGCUUGCGUCCGUGAUCCCUGUAACAGAAACGGGCAUAGUGCAUGCACUUUUAUAUUGACUGAAAUGAACUGUUCAGUCUAAUCAUAGGCAUAUUCCCGUAACCCAACCUUGUGAAAGUUGACAAGUGUGCCAUCAUUUUUGUCUGGCAUUAGACACUGCUUCUUGAGAUGUUCUGUGUUUAAUGAACCAACUGUUGUUAGUCAAAUGAAAGGGAACACAUUUCAAUUCACCAUUUGUGUACAUUUGUAUUCAUGGAAAAACUAUUGUUUCAAGAUUAGAAAACUGCAUUAUACCUUUUUUUAGAAGUACUGUAAUGUACUCCUUUUUUAAACUACCAGCAGUGUUAGCUAUAUCAACAGGUGAAAUAAAAAUAUCUACAUAAUUCUA